AGUCACAAUGUAGAACCAAACCACUAUUCAUAAACCGUCGCUGCUAGAUGACGUGGGUAGUAACUUUAACGAAAUGAAGACGUUUUAAAGCGAACAGUUUGUGUUUUCUUUAUAAAAGACAUAUAGUUUAAGAACCAACAGUUGACGGUAACUGCGCUAUAUUGUGUUGGUGUUCACCACUAUAGUGAUGGGUGUGAACGAGCGGACGACAGCGUCACUGAAGCGCAGCAGUUGCGUGUUUCGCCGUCAGAGUGACGCCUCCUGUCCGAGCCGCACCGCCCGGACUCCCGCCGCCUGCUCCGGUGCAGCUGCUGCCGUCUCGCUCCUCCAGGUCGGAAACUGUGUGUCGCAGCGGCCAAAGAUGUUCCGGGCCAGUGGCGUGUUAAAGAUCGGCGCUCUGGUCUCUGCCUUCUUCCUGGUUCUGUUUCUGGCGUUCCAAAUGCUGGAGAUCAACAUGGACUUCAAGAUCGGGGGUGGGAUGGCCAGAGCUGCAGAGGACAGACACCCCACCCUCACUCGCCGGCAGAAGUGCGACCUCUCCAAGGCGUGUCCCGCCGGUCACUUCUCCUUCAAGAUGGCCAGUGGAGCCGCCAGCGUGGUCGGGCCGCGCAUGUGCCUGGAGGACAAACUAGUGAUGAGCAGCGUGAAGAACAACGUGGGCAGAGGGAUUAACGUCGCUCUGGUGGAUGGUGUGACCGGCGAGCUGAACCGGACGGACAGCUUUGAUAUGUGGGCAGGAGACGUCACUCCGUUGAUCAAGUUCCUGAAGGGGAUCCCAGACGGGACCAUCGUGAUGAUGGCGUCGUUCGACGACCCCGCCACCAAGCUGAACGACGAGGCCCGGAAGCUGAUCUCCGAUCUGGGCAGCACGGCCAUCAACAACCUGGCUUUCCGGGACAACUGGAUCUUCGUGGGAGGGAAGGGAAUAAAGACCAAGAGCCCGUUCGAGCAGCACAUCAGGAACAGCGCCGACACCAACAAGUUCGAAGGCUGGCCCGGGGUCCUGGAGAUGGAGGGCUGCAUCCCCCGAAGGCAGUAGUGACCCCCGACCCACUGGGACGCUCCAAGUCCCAUUGUUACUUCCUGAAGAAAUGCGCUGCCCAUCGAUGAGAAGUGUUGCCUUUACCACUCCGUGUUGCUUUCAAGGUCAGUUUUCCCAGCUCACUCCGCUGAUCCCAACUACACCACUCACUGUGAACUGUGUAAAUACUUGUUAGACCGGCUCCAGAGACUGUUAUUUAAUAAUGAAUUGCAUUUUAAAACUAAUAUAAUUUUUUAAAUCGUCGGUCAAGUGUGUGGACACUGAAAAUAUUUCUGUCGAAUUUCCAUCCUCACCAUUAAAGUACUUUUACUGGACGAUGGUUUUACGUUU